AUGACUGACAAGAAGCGAGCCGACGGAGUUGAAGCCACCAUGAUCGACGACCUCAAGGACCCUGAUUUCGACCGGCAGAAGGAAACCCUGGCACACCAGAGCUUCAGGGGGAAAAGCGACGAGGAGAUAGCCGCUCUGAAGAAGGGGUUGCUGCGGAAGGUGGACUUCAGAGUAAUGCCGAUGCUCAUCCUCCUCUUCCUGCUGAAUAUUUUGGACCGCAACAACUUCACCAACGCCCGCCUGGGUGGUCUCGAGGACGACCUGAGACUAUCGGAUCAUCAGUACAACACUUGCCUGAUGAUCAUGUACGUCGGCUAUCUGCUGUUCCAGUUUCCCAGCAAUGUGAUACUGUCCAACUUCCCUCGGCCUGGGGUAUACCUUUCAGUUGCUGCCGUCCUAUGGGGUGCCAUCUCUACCUGCAUGGCUGCCACACGUAACUUCAGACAGGCUCUAGUAGUCCGAUUUUUUCUGGGAUUUGCCGAGGCACCCUUCUUUCCAGGUGCUCUGCUGAUGCUGUCAUCUUGGUAUCAAAAGGAUGAGCUUCCUUUCAGGAUUGCCAUCCUAUACGCUGGCAACACUAUCUCGAACUGCUUUGGUGGGCUCAUCGCCGCAGGUGUCCUCGGCGGCAUGAACGACGCUGCUGGUAUCCACUCUUGGCGGUGGCUCUUCAUCCUCGAGGGCUGCUUCACUAUUUUCAUUGCAAUCAUCGCUGCCUUCGUGCUGCCAAGCUAUCCGAAAGAUGUCAAGUGGCUGACCGAGGAGGAGAGAGAGUACUCCAUCUGGCGUCUGUCGGUUGAGGUUGCUGGUCAAGACGACGGGGAAGACGGCAGCAAGUCCGUCUGGGAUGGCGGCCUUCAAGCGUUGAAAGACCCUAAGGUCUACAUGCUCAUCCUGAUUCAGUUCUCUCUGAACACCGGAAUGGCCUACACCUACUUUUUCCCCUCCAUUGUCCAGACUCUCGGUUACAACAAAAUCGUCACCUUGCUUCUCACUGCACCUCCCUAUGCUCUCGCGUUCUUUGGAUCGCUUGGAAACUCGAUCCACGCCGGCAAAACCAACGAGCGAGCCUUCCACGUCGCCGUCCCGAUGGCAAUCAGCAUGAUUGGAAACAUCCUGUGCAUCACUAUUACAGGCACGGGUGGAAGAUAUUUCGCAAUGUUCCUGAUGACCUUUGGUGUUUAUUCUGCGUUCAACGUCACAUAUUCGUGGGUAUCUGCCACGAUACCUCGCCCCAGGUCCAAGCGCGCCGCUGCGCUUGCGAUGGUAAAUAUCCUCGGCAAUAGUACACACCUUUUUACGUCGUACCUGUACCCCGACUCGGACGAACCCCGCUACGCUCGGGCUGGAAUCACAUUGGCGCUUUUCUGCGGCCUCGGAGGUGUCGGUUCAAUCGCGCUACGGUACUGGUUGAGACAUGAGAACAAGAAACUGGACCGGCUUGAGGGCACGGUUGGCGAGGACGCAGAGAACGGUGGCCAGCGCAAGGGAUUCAGAUAUGUUCUGUAG